UUGCUCUUCCUUGGAGAGCCUAAGACCUGUAAUUAUGGCCACUUUGUGGUUUUGCAUUCUUCUGCUCUCCGCGAGCAGUCUUUUUCUGCUGUCGAAGUAUUGGGACCGGAUUUUUAGAGGAGUCAGUUUCGAUCCAAGGCUUUUCAGCUUGCAAGCGAAAUUCUUGCUUCCUUGGUACCUAGCUGCCUUGGCAGAAUGGCUCCAGGGUCCGCUGCUUUACCGGAUUGGCCAUCGCCAUCUCAACAACGAGCAUGAGGUGCACUUGUUGUUGGUCGCGGGGUAUUUUUCAGUUAAGGUAAAGAUACUAGCUAGUUCAGCAUCGUCCUGCGAUUCUCAGGCAUAAAUUGAUGAUUUCAGUGUAAAAUGUAAAUUGACUUGUGACGAAGACGAUGAAAUAAUUAUCCUACCUGUUAUCUAAUCCUCGCCUACUCUGUUGUUUCGUAAUCGGCAGUCUGGCGGAUCGCUAUGGGAGAAAGAGGGCGUGCCAAUCCUACUGUCUCCUCUACGGAUCUGCUUGUAUCCUCAAUCACUUCCGGAGUUUUCGCCUUUUGCUUGUCUCCAGAGUCUUGAGUGGAGCGGGUACGUGUGUCCUCUACUGCUGCUUUGAUGCGUGGUAUUAAGGGCUGUGUGUCAGAAGUAUUUGAUUGUUGUAAUUGUCUACGCGACUUCUAGUUUCUGAUCUUAGCCGAACAACUACAAAUUAGAGUACUAUGCAUAAUGUUUAGUACUUUUCUUGCAUAUAGAAGAACGGGCAACAGGUGCUUCUCUAAUCCUAAAGCCUAGGCUUCUCUAACCUCCCGUAAAGCGCCACCGCCAGCUCGGCCUUCCCGAGCAGAGCAUUCAGCAUACCUUGAAAUGGAUGUGGUUUGGAACAUUCUUUGCGGCCGUCUCCGCGGGCUGGCUCUGUGAACUGGUGCUGUCCAUCGCUAUUCCCUAUCGUGUUGUGUUCUACAACUUAGGGUUUUGCGUUGGUGGUGAGACAGCGGUUUUUGUUAAGGCUUGUUGUCCUGUAAUCCAGCUUUCUGAGAGCUAGCUUCUUUGAAGGUUAAGAUUUCCUUUUCUUUAAGGAAACGACUUUGAAGGGAGAACUAAGACGUCUCACAGAUGUUGACAUUGACUUGUUCCAGGAUGAACACUAACAGAAAUAGCAAGAAGAUCUAACUUCCGUUUUGCAGCUGUUGUUUUGUUCGUAGUUUUCGGGUGGAUUGGGUACUUGUGGGAUAAAGAUGAGCCGAUGCGUGCGAGGAAGAGUCUACCUCUAGGGUCAGCGUUUCAUGACGAAACGUCAGUUUUGGCGAAGACGGUAAUUCCUUUUCUAGGUUUCAUCUGCAUCAGUAUUGCAAUGUCUGAAUUCACGGUUUCAUUUCUCACUUUGAAUGCUCAUGCUAUUGCUAGAUCCUAACCCAGCAUAGACUGUCUUUUCACUCCGAUCUCGUUGCUCCCCUCUACCAGGAACAAGGCCUCCGAUCUAUUGGCUCCAGCCCUCGCCUACUCGCUUUAGGCGCAGCCGUAGCUGGUGUUGAAGGGGCACUGUUUGUUUUUUUGCCCAGUUGGGAUCCGAGUUUGACGUUUUAUAGCACUUUGGCACAUGCUCAUGGACAUCAUGGAGGACCUUCAGUUUCUGCAGGUGGUCUUCAUCCUAUACCCGGUGAUUCCCUACAUCGUGGCGCCAUUUUUGCCUCCUUAAUGCUAGCGGCGAUGGCUGGCGCGUUUUAAGGCUUCCACAAAUCUCCCAUGUUAUAAAGCAGGGCAUCCUGGGACCGUUUUUAUUUUUAAAGCAGGGGGUACCUACGAAGUACUUAAAAGGUCGUUUCAGCAGGAUGCACUUGAAGAUAGAUUUAGGGAAGGUCUAAGCUUUGAUGUUUAGUGUCCGAUUUGGCGGUAAACAGAGUCUGGCUGCUCGUGGUGUAAAUGUAGGUGAACGCGUAGCAACAACAGGAUGGACAGGAGAAAGAAUUGCAACAUUAGGCGCGGGUGCACUAGUCGGAGCAGGACCUGGUGGGAAUUAUAGUUAAGGCUAGUAAACCGCUGAAGUAUAAUGUCUCCAGCGCCAUUUCUUGUAGCUAUUUUUUGACACUGAUCGAAGCGCAUAUCCGUAAAGAUAUCUACUUGUCAAGACCUAGUAGGCUGAGGAACGGCAGUCCCUCGAGGCCAGGGAGGGAGGCUCCAUCCACAGGGGGGGCCUUCCUCCCUGGUACAUAAGUAUAUAAAGAUAUAUCUUCAUCUCUGUCUCCUAGCUACCUCCGCUGAAACGCAUAUCCUUAAUAUUAGUGGCGAGGCUAUAGUAGUUUGUCCAAAUAUUAUUGAUAACGACCUAGUCUGACAAAUUCAUCAUUAUGAUCCGUGGCCAUUUUUCUACUCGAAAGAGAAGCCCUCAUCAAGGUGAAGACUACUUGCGUCUCAAAGGGGAAGAUGCGAACGCGCUAGCUCUAAUACUGAGGUAGUUUUCGUGGUAGUCGGGGCACAGGUGACAGCUCCUCUGCAGCCUUUCAUCAGCAAGAGUCUGCUGUUGAGGAUCAUCUACGUCCUGGAUCUACACCUUCCGCGGCGACGACCCAGCAACUAGGCGCUUUACGACGUGGUAGCGGAAUGUACUACUACAACGCCUUUCGUCAGAACGAAAACGAUAUUCAGGGUCCUUUUUCCUUCGAACAACACGCGGAAGCAUCUCCGAACACUACUGUUCUGGCGAGCGAAACGGACAUGCUCAUGUCUAGUCAUGGUACGAGUUCCUACAAUCACCAGGAUGGGGCAACGGGUGGUCGGAAUGCAGCGGGUGGUUCACCACAGGAAGAUUCCGUGAACUUCAUCCACGAAGAAGAAGUAAUAAGUCCUGGAGGUGGUACACUUGGCGGACACCGCAGUUCCUCAGCAGCAUCACCAACAGACUUCACUGGCGAGGAACACGGUCAUAGUAUUUCUCGUGUCGGUGCGUUCGAUUACGACGUCUGUGUUGGCUGUUAGCAUAUUUUCGUAGACGUAGUUCUGAGGUCCAUCCUCUUCUUUGAUUCAGAGUACCAAAUCUAAGUGUAGUUGUAGAUCUACCUUCUAGGAGUAACAAACAGAAAUAACUUACUCUAGAAGUAGCUCCUCUAAUGUGCCAACAGUUACCACCAAGAAGAGCGAAAAACGGAAAUCAUCUACACGGGGAAGAUGUUCAGGGUGGCAACAGGAGCGCUUACACCUUCGCCAGCAGCCUCAGACGAAAGCGGACCGGAAACGCAGGAUACGGAAGCGAAAUGGCUCCAGCAACUCUUCAAAGAAGGCUCAAUCGCUCUCCUUAUUGCAGCACUAUCUUUAGCAUUAGCUGGCGUACUCCUGCAUCCAGCGGUGACGGCCUACAUAGCUGGGUCGUCCUCUAUAACAUCUCGUACUACUACUUCCGUAGGACAAGGAGUUGCACCACCUGCACCCUCUACUAGUCCUCCAACUACGAAUCCUGGAACGACUAGUGGACAACCACGACCACUUGUGCCUCCAGCGCCACCGAUAAAUGUACCCGCUCCACCACCGCCGCUGGUAGCGCCGUCGCUUCUUGUCACAGGAGGACCACUAGACGACGGCUCGUCCACUGAUGCUUGGUUUUCAUCAUCAACUUCUCUUGUUUCAGCAGAUUCUAGUCUACUAGGAGAAGACUCCGUCGACGCGCACUCUCUCUUAGCAAUUUUAGACUCGUCGAAAUCGAUCUUUGCCAGUCCUGGAGCCUGUUGCCUUGCACCAAUGCUCUUCAUGUGUUUCGCCGCAUAUGAGUUUGCACUGGGCUUCUUCCUGCCUCUAGGGGCUAGCGCCAAAGCCGUCAUGUUGCCAGAAGACUUGAGGGCAACUGUUUGCACCCUAUACCGGAUUCCGAUGAACUUGAUCGCCUUGUGCUUGUUGCUUCUUCCUCUACCGCAAACGAGCUUGGCGUUUCGCUUUUUUCUUUAAGGCUCACGAUAAUUCAUCUUUACAAACAGAGUACUGCUUAUCUCACUUUUUAUAUGAUCCUUCUUGGAUAAUUCUGAGGCUAUGCUAUGGAGUAACACUAUGCCAAAAGCGAACAUAGAAAAGGGGUUUUUUAGCCAAAAAACGCACAUACAGCCCCGGGAUCAGUUGGGCAAUAUUCGCCUCAAAUGAAAAAUUUUUAUUCUGAGCCGAAUAAUGUACAAAAGUGCGCUUUUUUUGCGCUUUUCCUUGGACGAUGAAUCAUCGUGGGCGCUAAUUCCUUUGCAGUAUCUGCACAAUCAUAGGAUGCGCUGCCUUUGCAUGUCUCUUGUCCUGGCCAAACAAGAACGAUAUUAUAGUCAGAGGACGUAGUACUCUCAAAGGUAGUAGUAGCUUUUCUUCGUCUUCAACGGAGGAGCAUACAACUUGGCGUUUCGUCCCUGCUUCUAUUGCCGGUGUACUCACAAAACUACCAAACUCCUUGUACAACUGCUUACAACACUUAAGGGUAGGUUAAAGGUGCUUUUCUUACCGCUUUUUAUGCCUCUCCGAAGGGAGAAAGGCAUAACAAGCGGGGUAAGCGAGCACCAAAAGCCUACCUCUAAAACACGCGCCAUUCAUCCACCAAUGGGGUACAGAUGGAGCAAGAGGUAUGGAUGCACAACUAUCGAGCUCAGGUUAUCGAUAUGGGGAUCUCGAUAGUGCUGCACCGCUGGUCUUAGUGGAACACAACGAUUCAUGUUCUCUCAACAGAAUUUUUGAUGCGGAUACACCAAGAACAGGUCCAGGAGGAGGAGGAGGCGAAAUAAAGGGAGCACCAGGUAGACCUUCUUUAAAUGUCGGAAAGAACAACAUGAACAUCAGCGGAAAUGACAAGGCUUCAUCUUCUGCAAAUAGUCGCGGUCUUCAUUUUGUUGGUGAACCACCAAGAGCAACCACUACAACAAUUAAGGCUUCGGGUAAUCCAUCUACAACAAUUAAGGCAUCUUGGGACCAUGAUCCUGUGAGGGAAAAGCAAGCCCAGGAUGCCACUCAAGAUGGAUUCCAGGAAGCUCUACAACACCAAGUAGCCCAAAUGAGAGGGGUGAGGGGCCAAGUGAUUUCGCAGGACUACGUCUUGGAGACCCUGAGGACGAGGACGACGACUUGGUGAUUGCGACUUAUCAAGAAUGAAGAGGACUUGGUGAUUGCGACUUAUGAUAAGCUUGGAGGAAGACCGCGUUAGCUGAACUUCACUCUCUGCGUCCUCGUAACGGAAGCCUUCUUGCCAAUAUAAUUGGGGGCAUGCAAUGGUAGUGUAUUAGACUUGGACUCAAUCUGGAAGUCAUUCAAAUUUCUACAUUUUUUUAUGGUAUAGAUACCCACUCAGCUGCGCCAACAGCAGCUUUAAAAAUAUUGUCAUACAUGUCUGCGAUAAGCUCAAGAAAGUACUUGUCUCUCUUCGGGUCGUAGAAGUAGCUCCUUCCCCCCCCUUAUCAAGAAUGAGCUUGGAGGAAGACCGCGUUAAAUAAAUCAAAAUGAAAAUAAUUGUUUUUUCCAUCUUCCUACCAGUGAUUGAUAACCGAUGAACCACGGAUGAACCAGAUGACUCAACAUUUUCUUUUCCAUGAUCUUUGUGUUUUGAGGGAUUGAAUAAGGACAAUGAUUAAUACGCAAAAAUAGAAGCGUAUGCAGUUUUCGUGUUUCAUGAUGUUCAUUUUUGUGUAACUAGACAAAAUUGCACUAAGAGGCCUCGUGUACUCGCAACAGCCGAUGCGCAGUAUAGAAAUUCACAUAGUUUUUGAAUAGCCGAAUUCAAUAGGAUUGAUGCUAAAUAAUAGUAUUUCUGAGAAGAGCCAGCCUUGUCUGUGUGUGGUGUAUAAACGUAUGAUCGCUUAGUAUUUUUUCCAGGUCUGUACGUGUACUUUGCAGUGAAAGAUGAAUCAUUUCAGUAGUCCUAAGCAACUAGUGUGUGCAUUUGAUGAAUUGCGGAUUCCUGUACAUGCUAGAAACGGAAAGAUCAAGAUGAUGCACGCUCGGAAUAGGUAGUCAAUUUUGGUUUCAGUCCAAUAAUCGUAGUUUCGGUUCAUUUCCAAGUGGGGCCACAUCCACUUUAUGAUGAUAAAGAUGAAAUAGAC